AUGGAGAGGUAUAAGCUUGCAGCAGCGAAAAGAACUCAAAAGAAUCUCCAAAGAGUGAAGUUUGAAAGCCUUGUUGAUCAGUUGACCAAGCAUGAGCCAAGGAUUCGAGCUUGUUACCACAAGUUCUUGGAGUUCAAUGGUGAUACCUUAGCGUGGAUGAUGGCUAUUGAUGCCUCUUUCUUGCUUGAGUUCCUUCAAGUCUAUGCCAUCAAGGCGGGUCGGGUGCUGACCAGAGUUUCCUCCAGGAUGUCACACCUAGUUGAUUAUGCCGGGACCAAAUCAGCUCAUAAUGCGAUUCUUAGAGACAUGGUGAUGCUUGAGAAUCAAAUUCCAUUGUUUGUAUUGAGGAAGGUGCUAGAAUUCCAGUUCCCCACUCUAGAUCAAGCUGAUGAUAUGUUGUGUUCAAUGUUAGCCGGGUUUGGUGAAGAUCUUUGUCCAUUUGGGAUGAUGAAGGACUUGCCCCAGAUCCACGUUGAGGAGCAAGCCCACCUGCUGGAUUUUCUGUACCAUCUCAUCGUGCCAAGAUCAAAAGAACCAUCUGAAAUAAUUGAAGUAGAGAACGAAGAUGAAUCAAAGGAGGGCAAAGAAGUAUCUUUGGAGAUUCCAAUUAUAGGACCUUGGGAACAUGGAUGUGUAGCGAGAUGCGACUACAGUGUGAGCUGUGUCCUCAUAAUCUUCGAGGCCCCGCUCUUCCGAUAG